AUGUCAGAACCGUUAGAAGUACGUCCUGUGAGUUUCCCUGCCGAAAUUUUGGCCCGAAUCGCUCCAGAUUUGUCCAUUCAAAGACACUUGUGGUUGGGUCUCAGACCAUGUCUGCGAUCUUUUACAGAAUUUAGGGACGUCAGCAUUAGCGAGGGCGGUAUCUCUAGACCGCUUAGAUCUGUCACAGGCGCCACUGAAAACGAUAUUCUGGGUUCAAAUGUGCUGAAAUCUGGAAGUACAAUUGUGAUUACAUCUAUCACAGGCGGUAUGGUAGAGGAAACUCAACCAGCCACUGGAUUCGAUGAAGGAGAACAAGAGCUCAGACAGAUGUCCUUGGCAUCGGACCGAUUGGCGAAAUAUGGUGCCGUUUAUCCAGUUGUCGAAGUCGAACGUGGACGUUUAGGUGCUCCUACCGAUGAGGAGAUGAUUCUCUCCCAGAGAAUACAUGAUAACAUCAUUUCAUCGGGAAUUAUACCGAAGGAAUCGUUAAAAGUACCGGUGGGUGUACGCUCGCGUAAUGAAGACGGAACUUCCGAAAUUUUCUAUUCAGGCGACGAGACUGGAGGCGCAGACACCCGCAAUUUUAACUUGAAAAGACAGUGGUCAUUUGUCUUGUACGCUAAAAUUCAAGUCUUCAGUCGUGAUGGUCCUCUUUUCGAAAUGUGUUGGAAUUCGCUCAUGUACGCUCUACAGAGAACGCUGCUUCCUUGCGCCUUUGUCGAUGAACGUACAACGGACCUCAAAAUACCCGUUAGAGUAAGAGGCCGAAGUGCAACCAUUCGCGAGACGUACGACAUCCAAUGCGACCCUACAGAAUUCAAGCCUCUGAAACUGAAUCUGGGCAACAUCUCAUAUGGCUCAAAUUUUGGUGUAAUUGAUCUAGAUCCGGAGGCCCAGGUGCGUCAGACAGACAACGAAAUGGAAGUUGACAGCCCCACCUCCGUUUUAAUUGCAGAUUUACAGGGCGAAGCAGAAGAAACUUCCAUCAAGUCCACUCUCUCCAUUCUCACAGAUGGAAAUGGGAAACUCAAGCAUUUGAGUUUUGUAGGUGGAGGCGCGAAGAUUGAUACAGAUGCUAUCAGGAAAUCGCUUUCACUUUCUCGGGAAAGAGCUUUAGACUUGAAAUCUAGAAAAGAAGCUACAUGA